AUGAGUAGUGCGACAACCGCCACAAUGACCGAGACCGACUCGGCGAAACGCAAGUCCUCAGUUGCCGGUCUGACCGGCCAUAACCGUCCUGUCAAACGUCGUGCGUCCAAAGCAUGUUGCUGCUGCAGGGCUCGCAAAGUACGCUGCGACGUAGUGGAGAAUGGUUCUCCCUGCACAAAUUGUCGCCUGGAUCAGGUCGAGUGUGUGGUAACGGAGAGUAAACGCAGAAAGUUUGUCAUCACCAUUCAAAACGCUGAUCUGAAAUUUUCACAUCAAUUCUUCCGCAGGUCGCGCGUUGAUAUGGAUAUCAAUCACACUUCGGACUCACCCGGAGACAUAUCUGAAGAGAAUCCCUUAGGCUCGCUAGGACCUCUUCACGGUUUCGCCGAGAGGGAGCCGACUUCGCCCUCGUCGAACUCGGUCGAUAUUGACCAUGGCCACCAUAUGCCUCACUUGUUGUAUCAGUCACAAGCUCAGCGAAUUGGCUCAGAUAAUCACUACCGUCGCCGAAUGGCCCCCAGUCCAGCCGUUCCUUCAUCAUUACCGCUUACGAAUGCUCCUUUGCAAUUCCAGCAGUUCCUCGACCCGCACUUUGGACUAACGCAACCGAAACCCCGUUCGUUACCUGAUUACAUUCGCGCUCUGCCAUCUCGACUUCAAAAUGAAGAUAUCGAUUACCUGGCCGCCAAGGGCGCCCUCACUAUCCCUGAUGUGAACCUGCGCAACGAAUUGAUCAAGGCGUAUAUUCACUACGUGCACACUUAUAUGCCAUUGCUGGACUUGGAAGAGUUUCUUGAGACUAUUGUGCACAAUGACGGCGUUCGUCGAAUCAGUCUGCUUCUUUUCCAGGCCGUCAUGUUCGCUGGUAUGGCUUUUGUCGAUAUGAAGCAUCUCCAGGCGGCUGGAUACCAUACCAGGAAAGCCGCUCGCAAGAUUUUCUUCCAACGUGCGCGGCUUCUCUACGAUUUUGACUAUGAAGUGGAUCGCAUUUCUCUGGUGCAGUCACUGCUCUUGAUGACCUACUGGUACGAAACCCCCGACGAUCAGAAGGACACCUGGCAUUGGAUGGGCGUGAGUCUUUCUCUGGCCCACACCAUUGGAUUACAUCGUGAUCCGGGCAACUCCCGGAUGGAACGUCGCCGCCAACGCAUGUGGAAACGCAUCUGGUGGAGUACCUAUACACGCGACCGGUUGAUUGCACUGGGUAUGCGACGCCCAAUGCGCGUCAAGGACGAUGAUUGCGACGUCCCCAUGCUCACCUUGGACGACUUUGAAUUCCACUCCUUCUCUCCGGAGAUUGUGAAGAUGGUAGGCAAUUCGGAGAUCCUGCAGAAUGUCAGCCACCAGCGAGAGUUGGCCCUGAUGUUCAUUGAAAAAGCCAAGCUAUGUCUCUGUGUGAGCCACGUGCUCUCGGCUCAAUAUUCCGUCUUGAGUCACAAGUUUGGCGGAACAAUGGAGACGACCAUGAUGCUGGUACCGAAGAAGUCGACCGCCGAGACAUACGAGGUGCGGCGCUGUGACCAAGAACUGGAGGACUGGCGGGCCAAUCUUCCCAUGGAGACUCGAUACUCGCCCUCGGAAGGUGCUAAACUCUCCGAGGCCCAAGAGGUUCUGCACUCCCACCGGGCGUUGUUGAAAAUGGUCUACUUGACCACCUCCAGUGCGCUGCAUCGCCCUCAGGUUCUCCCCGCUAUCCCUUACCCUUCUACCGAUGCCGAGUUACAGGAAAUGUCGCGCAACAAAGUUCGCUUUGCCGCGAUUGAAAUCACCAACAUUGCCCAGGAUCUGCACGUCCUCGACUUGACUCGAUACUACCCAACGACCGGCGUCACGGUCUUACUGCCCGCUGUGAUCAUCCAUCUCCUGGACAUCAAGUCCACCGAUCCCAGUGUUCGAAUGACGAGUUUGCAGCGAUUUUACCAAUGCAUGCGAAUUCUCCAGCGCUUGCGCGAGAUUUACGCCUCGGCUGAUUUUGCCACCUCAUUCCUCGAGGCGGCCAUUCGCAAAGCGGGCAUUCAACUCACCGUUGCCCCUCAAGAUGUGCAAUCGUCGCGCCCUCGCCCCAGUCGGAAAUCCACGGCUGAUGUGACAACGGCCUCUGCCUCUGCUCCGACGGCCAACAACUACACCUCGACGACCACUGAUCCUCUGAACCUCCUGAAUCGUCCCAGCGCCCUAACACCGCCGCCGGAUUCAUUGGCUCAAAAGAUCCCAGACUUGACCUACCCUCAGACACGACCCACACCGACUCGCCCUCAACCUACCACAGAUCUGUUCGCCUCUACUCCUCCACACUCCGACAGCAGCGAGAACGGCAGCACCAACAACGUCAACCCCAGUUACGCCUCUCACGACGCAUUUGCAAUUCCCGACCUCAACUCCGAGAUGAGUCUGACAGAACUGAUGGAUCUUGCCAACGAUGCCGAAGUCACACAGAACGAUUUUGACGCUUUGAUCAACUUUGACGACGCCGGCGCCGAUCUCUUCACGGAACACGCUUCACAGCAGCCAGAGCACUCUGUUCCUGGCGUGGGCGCCGAAGAAAAGGCCUACGAAUUUGAUAUGAAGGCUUUGGGAUUUGAUACCGAUUCUAAAGUGUUUGAUUUUACCCAUCUGACGGACUCUCAUUCUGAAGACCGCGGCCAUGGACUUUCAACCGAGGCUCAACGCACAAGCCUGGACGCCAAUCUCGGAAUGGGAUUUGACGAGUGA